CCGCCAUGACACCCUACAGAAGAAGAAGAUGAACUAGCAUCACUUGUCUCACAUGCCAACUGAUAAUGUAAACCGUUAUUAACCAACAAAAUGAUGCGUCCUUCGUUCAACCCACCUUUCAUUAAACCCAGAGCAGCUGCUCCAGUGUACAAACAACAACAACAGCCGCCUGGAAGGAUACCCCAUGACUUCAGAGAGGCUAUGAUACAUAUCCCAAUGAAGCUAGCAGCAGACAAGUCAAACAUCAGGACACCUGACUUGGCAGCUCCGACACACAAAAAACAGAAACCUGCAGGGAAAUCCUCUGCUACUAAAUGGAAGUCUUCAUUCAAACCAUUAGGAGACGAAGAUGACUCUCUGGAAAUGAGCCCUGGCAGUUCAGAAAGGCCUGAGAUUUAUGAUCCUUAUGACCCUGUCUCGACAGACUCUGACGAAGAGACGCUACAGUCCCAAAACCAUAGUCAAUCCCCACCUGAUCAUGAUAACAGCCUGGAACGUGAGCGUUUGUCUCCAGGUAGAGGCUCCAGUAAAAAACGCCGCUGGGGCACAAACUACUCUGAGUCAGUGAGCAAACCCCUCGGCAGACGUGACUUUAGCCCUGAAUCCAGACACACUGAGAGGCGGAGUCUCAGUCCAGGUCAUAGACUGCCUGAACGACGUGCUUAUAGCCCCAACACUGAAUCACUUGACAUACCAGUUCUCAACCACAGGGACUGUAGCCCUGACAGGCAUAUUCCUGGCUCCUCCACCCAACGGUUUCCUGCAUCUUAUGGAGGACAGAGGACCAAUGGAGAGGAGAGGAUAAUCCCUGAAUACUGGAGAGAGAUGGCCACUACUGUUAGAUUAUCCCCACCCAGGCGGGACUAUCAGCGUCCAUUGGAAUACAUGGGAACAGGACUGGACCAAAUCACACCUUCCACAGAGGGGCCAAGAAACAGGAGCAUGAAUAUAAUAAUGAACGAGAGCCCAAUCGCCUGUGACCUUUGUGACGUAGAGUUAGCCAACGGUCGGGAGCUGGAGGAUCACCUGGAGAGCAAGAUUCACUGGGACACGCUGGAGUACAUCCAGCAGCACAACGAUUAUGAUGAUCUGACUAUAGCCUUCCUACAGGAAGUCAUGCUGUAUAAAAGCCAUCAGUGCAGCCGAGCUAUAGAGGACAGUGCACUUAAAGCUCUGCAGGAAAAUGACCACAUGACAAAGGUCGAAAUGUUCCACUGUGCGGCUUGCAGUGUCUUCGUACCCACAUCUGCAUCGUCAGUGCAGACUCACAUUACCUCUCAGGAGCACCUCUCCAACACAAAGGAGUUUCAGGUGCGGCAGAGACACUCUUGCCUCGACAAAGCAGACACCAUGAUGAAGAUGCUGAAACCUCAGUUUGAACACUUCCUGAAGGGUGGCAGCCCGUUUGAAUGAUGAAGUCACUGAAAGUCUCCAAAAAUACUGUUUACACUGAGACGCUGUUUGCUGCAGAUGAAGAACUAUGGACUUAAGCCGCAAUCACAACCACACGUUAAUGCUGUGGCAACACUAAUGUACAGGAUAUCGCCAAGAGAACAUACUGUUUGUGUCAUUCAGGAUUUGUCUGAAUAAACAGAAGCAUCUUGAAUCAAGGUUUGUUCACACUGUAUGGAUUUACUUCUAUCUGUUCACACAUGGUUUGUCAUUUUACAUUUCUCCCAUAUUAAUGUUAGCUGCAGGUCUCCCGGGUCAUCACCAUUCAGUCACCGUAAAAAUAUCAAGUUUGUAAUUUUGUAGAUUUCUGCAUUCAAUGUUUUUAUAAUUUGUUAAAAAAAAGAUUGAAAAACUCGACUUGUUUCUUUUUCUUUUUUUUUUUAUUUAGAACAACACAAAUGUUUUAAGCAUUGUAUCUGUGUGAUAUAGUACAUUUAAAAUUAAAUUAUUUCAAAACAGUAUAUUUAAACAUUAAAUAUAGGUGACAUGUAUGAAAGGCAUUGUCAGCACUGGCUGGGCCUGUUCGGUCUUUUUUUUUUUUCUUAACCACCUUCAGUUUUAAUUUUGUAUUUGUAUUAGAAACAAUGCAGUUACUGAAAUACUAUAAAACACUUUCUAUGCAUAACAAGUUUG